CUCACCUACGUCGCUCUCAGCAGUUAGUCCAUCCGAGCCACUCUCUUUCCCACUUACCAACAGAAAAUACGUUCGAAGAGGACUUGCUUUCGGCGGAGAAAGAACAGCGGCGGGCAAACACAAACUCUCACAUACCUGAUCCUAGAUGUAGCCUAGAUAACUUUUCAGGGUCUAUAACACGUUUUACAUGAUCGUUUACAUAACGAUUACGCCCGUAUUCUAAUUUAUUUAUGUCCAUGACAUUUGAUUAAUUCAUCCACUUUUCGGGAAACUUAUGGAAUUCUGAAACAUUUAGUGAACAAGGAGUUAUUUUGGUUAUCAAUCCCUUUGUAACAAUUCAGUCCACUUGUACAGGAGGAUGUAUUUGAGUGUAAUUUCAAAGGUGUAGGUGUAGUGGUGCGUUACCGGAAUCAUUUAAACAGAAUUUGACAUCGGAAAUCAAAAUGGAUCUUUGGGGAGUUUACCUAUUUCAUCUCGUCUUCUUCGCCCUGCAGGUAGUUCUGUCAGCAGGCAGAGACUGUCUGGUGGCGGGGGACUCGUGCUCCAGCGACGAGACCUGCAGCCCACGUCUGCGGACCCUGCGUCAGUGCGUAGCGGGAAAUGGUAGCAUGAAGCUGGGCCCCGGGGCCCGGAGCCAGUGCGCCAAUGCCGUGUCGGCACUGCUCUCCAGCCCCCUGCACGGUUGCCAGUGCAAGCGAGGCAUGAAGAAGGAGAAGAACUGCCUCAGCAUCUACUGGAGUCUCCAUCAGUCUGUCAUACACGGACUCAACCUGGUAGAGAGUUACCCUUAUGAAGCCAUGGAGAGAGACUACGACUACGUUCGUCUGGCCUCCAUCACGGCUGACACCGAGGCUGGUAUGGUGACGGUGAACCGCUGCCUGGAUGCAGCCAAGGCAUGUAAUGUCGACGACCUGUGCCAGAAGCUCCGCACAGAGUACGUAUCUGCCUGCAUCAAGCCCUCGGCCAAGUCUGGCCUCUGCAACAAGGCCAAGUGCAGCAAGGCCUUACGCCGGUUCUUUGAUCGCAUCCCUCCAGACUACACGCAUGAGCUACUCUUCUGCCCCUGCACGGACACUGCGUGUGCAGAGCGACGCAGGCAGACCAUAGUUCCCGGCUGCUCCUUCGAGGGCUCGGGAAAACCCAGCUGCCUGACACAGAUGCGUAUUUGCAAGGCUGACUAUGUGUGCAGGUCCCGCCUGGCUCAGUUCCAGUACGACUGCCAACCAGCCGAGUCGUCUGCCAACGGUUGCAAGCAGGGGAACUAUGGAGCCUGUCUACUCGCCUACACAGGCCUGAUAGGCAGCUCGAUAACUCCCAACUAUCUGGAUAACUCCACGUCUAGCGUGGCCCCAUGGUGCUCCUGCUCUGCCAGUGGGAACCAGAGAGAAGAGUGCUCCGACUUCCUGGAAUACUUCACCGACAACGUCUGUCUCAGGAAUGCCCUCCUGGCAUUUGGGAGCGGGACAGAUAUGGCGCCCACUCCCAGUCUAUCGGGACUGCUCAGCCCUGCCGCAGACAGAGAGAACCAUGCCACCACCCCUCUGCCUGCUACCGUGGAGACCACACGGAAUGUUCCGGACCCAAUUAUACCAACACAGGCCAGCGGAAAUGACCGACUGUGGGGAGAUUCUACCCUCCCAUUGGAUGGGCUCCCAAACUCUGCCAACGCACUUGGCCUUCUGCCUCCAACGGCCUUUACCGGCCUUGUGCUCCUACCUCUGCUCUUAUAUGGACAUUAAAGGAGGAAGCACUGCCAAGGACCACCCAUAGAGCAGAUGGGAUGAUUUGUUGACAAAUUCUAGAGAAAUUUGACUCUUUGGCCAAUAGGCUUCUCCUCCUCCGAAACAUGUACAGCAUAGUCGUUUUUAUAUUUUUGUGUCUUAGUGGUUCAACUGCAUCUGCGAGCCCUUUAAGUGUACAGAGAGGGACUGAGACAGAUUGAAACCAAUCUGUACACUUGUACAUUGUUAUCGCUUCAAGUCAAGAUAAAAGUACUUUUUAUGUGGACUAACCUACCAUCCAGCUAUCCAAGCACAUCAAUUGUUUUCAAGAGUGAAUUUAAAAAGCACCAUUGGAAACUACGCGGUUAUCCAUUAAGAUCUAUAUAUAAAUGGAAAGCUCUUAGCUAAAAUGUUGUCAAUGAACUGCGAAACUUUGUCUUUAUUUGGUACUCAACUGCACAAACUGAUUGGAAAAGACCCUUGAGGAUAUAAGUGCUUUAAUACCGUUCGCUUUGACUUGACUGAAGGAGGAGCAUUAUUUCUAAUCAAUACUGGAAUGGUAGAGAUGGACAAUGGAGCUACGGCUUGUUCAGCCAUUCUGGACAAAUACCCUGACUCAGAUCAUUCCGAGUGCUGUCGGCUACAAGAGAUGUGGACACCUCAGAAUACCUGGACCUAAUGAUUAUCAUGCCCGCAGUGAAGAUUGGGCUCUUUGUCUACUGCCAAUUCAUUUGUUCUCACUAAUGAUUAGCUAAGUGUUCAUUAUAAAACACUUUCUUCUCCUUUGUUGAAAUGAAGUUAUGAGCAAACAGAUUCUCUUUGUGUACAGUACCAUUGUUCUGCGUUUGUGUGGAAGCACUGCCCUCUGUUCCUCAUUGUGUAAAUGGACAUUGUUUAAAGGGUGUCGGAAUCGGUGUGCCAUAUAGGAAGAAAGACUUGUGUCUCAACUUUUCGGGCUAAAUUUGACCCUUUUCACACUACUGAGCCUAGCCAAGAGAAGCCGAGCUGUACUGUGCUGGCCUCAACACAGCCACCAUAGUUGCUGAAACCAUGCUGGAAAUCACAAUGUGAAAAGAAAAUGCCAGAGCCAAAAGCAGAGUACAGUUUGGGUCAGCACAAUAGUGUGAAAUGCGGUAUAUAUUACCUGUUCAUAAUAAAAGAUGGUCAUGAAUGAUGUUAUCGGGAGGAUGGAAAUUUUCCAGUGUCAUAGGAAUCAUUUGAAUUGCUGCCAAUAAAAGCUGUCAGAAAAUCCAAUGCUUCUCUCUUUCUGAAUAUACAGUAAAUGUCCUGUUCAGUGAUUGGACAAUAAACAUCCUUAUCAGUUCUUCAAAAAAGCAAUUAGAUUAUGACAAUUCAAGCAGAUUUCUAUCCCAUAGAGCUUUUGCUGAGUACAGUAAUAUGUCUAUUUGUUUAUGUUUGUUCGAAUAUUAAUUGGACCAGAGGGGUAUGGGUUGGACGCAAUUAACGGCUUGAUUAAUUAAAGUUGAAAAGUUGAGGUCUUAUCAGGCACCGUAUACGCAAAGAACACUAAUGACAACUCUAAGUAUUCUGCACAUUUCAAUAAUGGAAGAGAAGGAUGCCUUGGAGAGCGCCAUGAUUAGAAAAUAAACAGAGAAGUAGCUGUGAGGUAGAAUCAGUCAGGUGAAUCCAAGCCGUUUCACUCUCAAAAACAACCGUCUGGUGGCCAGCCAAACCAGGGAGUGGGUUGGCAGUGUGUAUUACUACUGUAAGCAAAGGGCUUUAUACAGAAAUUCAUCUUUACAGUGUGAUUGAAAUUUAAAGGCAAUCCCUCUCAUUGCUAAUGGAGCAGUGCGCACACUCCGGCACUCCACAUCCUUUAAACCACUCCGCUCUCACAUGAAAAAAAACUGCUGCUCCGAAUUCGCUCCAUUCAUUAAAAUCCCAAUUCAACCAACACCCAUCUAUUUUUGUGACUUCCUGGAACUACCAUUUGGUUAUGAAGUUCUGAAACAAAACCCUAUGAUUUGAAUGAACAUGAAAAGGUGAAUGUAAGAAGCACUCAUCAUUUCAUGUCAUAUUAAACAGCAUAUUAACACACUAAAUAGGUCAGGAACCAGAUAGGGAGCCUAUUAUUUAGAUUAUUUCAAGGCUAUAGCCUACAAAGAAAUACAUUGUGAAGCAUUUGC